AUGGGAAGCCUCGAUGCUAACUGCAUCGCGUCUCCCAGAGGGUUCAGCCCUCUGGAUAUCGACGAUUUCCGGCAGCAGGCCCAUCAGACCGUCGAAUUCAUCUGCGAGUACUACAAGGGCAUCGAGAGCCACCCCGUCGUCCCCCAGGUGGAGCCCGGGUAUCUCCGCCGUCUCCUCCCCGAGACCCCCUCCGCCCAGCCCAUGCCGUUCGCCAAAGUGCUGAGCGAGGUCCAGGCCACCGUCCUCCCCGGCAUGACCCACUGGACCAACCCCAACUUCUUCGCCUACUUCCCCGCCACGCUGUCGUCCGCCGCCCUGUGCGGCGACCUGCUGGCCUCCGCCCUCAACCCCGUGGCCUUCAACUGGCUCUCCUCGCCCGCCGUCACCGAGCUGGAGAGCCUCACGUUGGACUGGCUGGCCCAGCUGAUCCGACUCCCCAAGGGCUUCCUCUUCUCCGCCGGCGGCGGCGGGGUGCUCCAGGCCACCACCAGCGAGGCCGUGCUGUGCACCCUGGUGGCGGCCCGGAAGAUGGUGCUGGAGCGCGCCGGCCACGACGGCGCCGACAAGCUCGUGGUCUACGCCUCCGACCAGACCCACUCCACCUUCGCCAAGGCCUGCAAGAUCGCCGGCAUCGCACCCGCCAACAUCCGGAUCAUUCCCACGGCCCGGGAAGACUUGUUCUCGCUUCGACCCGACUCGCUGCGGGCCGCCAUGGAGGCUGACGCGGCGGCCGGCCUGCUCCCCGCCUACGUGUGCGCCACGGUCGGCACCACCUCCUCCACCGCCGUCGACCCGGUGGCGCAGCUGGCCGAGGUGGCCGGCCGCUUCGGCGCCUGGGUGCACGUCGACGCGGCGUACGCGGGCAGCGCCUGCGUCUGCCCCGAGUUCCGCCACCAUCUGGACGGGGUCGACCGGGUCGACUCCAUCAGCAUGAGCCCCCACAAGUGGCUGCUCACGGGGCUCGACUGCUGCUGCCUCUGGGUGCGGGACCGCGCCCGGCUCACCACCUCGCUCUCCACGGACCCCGAGUACCUCAAGAACCGCGCCACCGAGUCCGGGCUCGUCGUCGACUACAAGGACUGGCAGGUACGGCCCUCUUCCUUCCCUCACCGCUCUCCAACAGCGAAAAACUCCGUGUUCUGCGGGAAUUCCCAUCGAUUCCCGAUUCAAAUCUCCGUAUCUCCCCUUCCAACGCAGCUCACAUCUAAAGUCUGACCUCUUUUCUUCUGCCAACAGAUCGGCACCGGCCGGCGGUUCAGAGCACUGAAGCUGUUCAUGGUGAUGAGGUGCUACGGCACCGCGAACCUGCAGUCGCACAUCCGGAGCGACGUCCGGAUGGCCCGGGGCUUCGAGGAGAUGGUCGCCGCCGACACCCGGUUCGAGGUCGUCGUCCCGCGGCGGUUCGCUCUCGUCUGCUUCCGCAUGCGGCCGCGCCGCGCCGGUGCGGACGGCGAGGCGGAGGCGGACGCAGCGAACCGAAGGCUGCUGGAGGAGGUGAACAACAGCGGCGGGAUCUACGCCACUCAUACGGUCAUCGGCGGGAUCUACGUCAUCCGCUUCGCGGUGGGCACCACGCUGACCGAGGAGCGGCACGUCAAGGCGGCCUGGGAGCUCUUCCGGGCAAAAGCCGACGCCGCCUGGGAAGCAGCCCGGUGA